AUGGUUGGUAGUUGUAUUGGAGUAUUUAGCACCUGCAAAUCCGGCACAGCGCUUCAGUGGGCCCCCGGCCGCCCUACUUUCAUUAGCAGAGGUCACAUAAUUGGCCGGAAUGCACCAGUAGUACAGGUGUUGAGCAGAACUGGUAGUAAUUGUACAGAGGAUUUUGGGAUUAGGAUUAGGAAUAGAAGAUAUAGUACGGCCGUAAGUGGUAGUGGUGGUGGUAGAAGGAUGCGGACAAUUGUAAAUGCUGCGGCGACGGAGACUUUGCAGAAGGGGAUAGCGGAGUUUUACGAUGAAUCGUCCGGAAUAUGGGAGAAUAUAUGGGGAGACCAUAUGCACCAUGGAUUCUACGAACCGGAUUCUUCUGUUUCGCUCUCCGACCAUCGCUCCGCCCAAAUCCGCAUGAUCGAGAAGGCGCUCCGCUUCGCUUCCGUUUCUGAUGAUCCAAUGCAGAAACCAAGACAAAUCGUUGAUGUGGGUUGUGGAAUAGGAGGUAGUUCAAGGUACCUGGCAAGAAAAUAUGAGGCGAGGUCUCAAGGAAUCACUCUAAGCCCUGUGCAAGCACAGAGGGCGAAAGCUCUUGCUGCUGCUCAAGGAUUGGACGACAAGGUUUCCUUCCAAGUAGCCGAUGCAUUGAAUCAACCAUUUCAGGAUGGGCAAUUUGAUUUGGUUUGGUCCAUGGAGAGUGGAGAACACAUGCCAGACAAAUCAAAGUUUGUCAGUGAACUGGCUCGAGUGGCAGCUCCAGGUGGGACGAUAAUUAUAGUUACAUGGUGUCAUAGGAAUCUCUUGCCUUCUGAAGAAUCAUUGCGUCCAGAGGAGAAAGAGCUGUUAAACAAGAUAUGUGAUGCUUUUUAUCUUCCCGCAUGGUGUUCUACUGCUGAUUAUGUAAAAUUACUUGAAUCCCUCUCUCUUCAGGAUAUUAAAGCUGCAGACUGGUCUGAGUCUGUUGCCCCGUUUUGGCCAGCAGUAAUAAAGUCGGCAUUGACAUGGAACGGAAUCACCUCAUUGUUAAGAAGUGGAUGGAAGACAAUAAGAGGAGCACUGGCCAUGCCAUUGAUGAUGGAAGGAUACAAGAAGGGUCUUAUCAAAUUCGCUAUCAUUACAUGUCGGAAGCCUGUGUCAUGA